GCAGACAAACUUUUCGGCGAAAAGCCCGUAAGGUCCUGUUUCCAUUUUCCCGUGAGGAAUAGAGAAACAACAGAACUGAUCGAGAAGCGAAGGAAAUUCCGGAACGGGAACUAUUCUCGACCCUCCCUCGCAUAACUGAUCAGUGAAAUCGAAAGAUGGACGCUCCUGCGGCCCUCAAAAGGUGGGAAUUGGAGAAUCGGAUUGACGAUGUGAGCGCCGAUGCCAUCUAUCGCUUCGACACGGUGCAAAACCGUGACAUUCUCCACGCCAAACCGUGGGAAAAGGACAGACAUUACUUCAAGGACAUCAAGAUCUCGGCUCUUGCUCUCCUGAAGAUGGUCAUGCACGCCCGAUCCGGGGGUAAUCUCGAAGUGAUGGGGCUGCUUCUCGGAAAAGUGGACGCGAAUCUCAUGAUCGUCAUGGAUUGUUUCGCUCUCCCAGUCGAAGGCACCGAGACUAGAGUGAACGCUCAGACCGAAGCGUACGAGUACAUGGCGACAUAUACAGAGGCUUGCAAGCAAGUUGGUCGUCUCGAGAAUGUCAUCGGAUGGUAUCAUUCACAUCCUGGCUACGGAUGCUGGCUCUCAGGUAUUGAUGUGUCAACUCAGACGACAAAUCAGCAGUAUCAGGAACCAUUCGUGGCUAUCGUGAUCGAUCCCGUGAGGACCGUCUCAGCGGGUCGUGUGAAUCUCAGCGCUUUCAGAGUCUAUCCCAAGGGCUAUCAAACGCAGAAGAAUGGCGUAGCCGAAUAUCAGAGCAUCCCUCUCUCGAAGAUUGAGGAUUUCGGCGUUCAUUGUCAUCAGUAUUAUUCAUUGGACGUCAGCUACUUCAAAAGUUCGCUUGAUGCAGCCCUCUUAGAUAAUCUAUGGAACAAGUAUUGGGUCAAUACACUGAGCAGUUCGACUCUCCUCACAAACGCAGAAUACAAUACAGGGCAAAUCAUUGAUCUUGGUGAAAAGCUGAAGUCAGCCGCGAGUCAGAUGCUCGUCGUUAGCAUGAGCGGAGUCGACGAAGAACAGUGUCAAUUGAAUAAGGCGAAUAAGGACGCAUCGAAAGCUACGGUUGAAGUGCUUCAGGGGCUCAUGACUCAGGUUCUCAAGGAUCGACUCUUCAACCAGAUCAGCUGCGCUAAAGAUCCCCAAGCUCCGGCAAAUUAGUUCGCACCGACCCUCUGGCACAUCUAACAAUCACAUCCGUUUGUAUAAUGUUUCUUUCAUCGCGGAUGCUGGGGCGUUCCCGUCGGAGCGGAGUUCAUGGGAGACGAGAG